AUGACAGACUAUGAGAAUUAUGAGACGCAGGACAGCCAUGAUAUUGCUCUGACACGCAAAGUUUUUAUACUUAAUUUUGUCACUUCCUAUCUGCCUAUCUUCUUGACAGCGUUCGUGUAUGUCCCCUUUGCACCGACUAUAGUGCCGUACCUGGAUGUCUUCCAGCUUGCCGUCAAGCCCUUCCAGCCCGAUGAGAAGGGCGCAACAACAGCAUCCGCAACUACAGAGAUCAAAGAGUUCCGCAUCAACAGAGCGCGACUGCGCAAUCAGGUAAUCUACUUUACGGUUACGGCUCAGAUAGUGAAUUUCGCACUGGAGACCGUCGUUCCCUAUGUCAAGCGCAAGUUCUUCCGCACAUACGAGGAGAUGUCCGAGGCAAGGAAGCAUAAAGAGGACAGUAAGUCCGCGUCGUCAUCUUCUACCGACCUUUUGUUGGAUGAUAUACCAGAAGAAGCCGAAUUCCUCAAGCGGGUACGAGAUGAAUCUGAGCUGAAUGACUACGAUGUGACCGACGAUUUGCGCGAGAUGUGUGUGCAGUUCGGAUACCUGGCUCUCUUCUCCCCCGUCUGGUCUUUGGUCCCAGUCUCCUUCUUGGUCAACAACUGGGUCGAGCUGCGAUCGGACUUUUUCAAGAUCUGCAUCGAGUACAAGCGUCCCACGCCUUUCCGUGCGGACUCCAUCGGUCCCUGGCUGGACUCACUCAGCUUCUUGUCGUGGAUGGGCAGUCUGACGAGCGCAGCACUCGUGUAUAUGUUUUCAUCUGUUACUGGAGCCAGCAACGACGAGCCUCACGAUGACAUCAAGGGCUGGCUACUGCUGCUGUCCAUGUUUUUCUCCGAGCACAUCUAUCUGCUAGCUCGCCUGGCAGUACAGGUGGCCAUGUCCAAGCUAGAGACUUUGGACACCCGCCGCGACCGUGCAGAACGUUACCUCAUGCGAAAGGGUUACCUUGACCGCGCCAGCAGUGAACAUGCAAACUUCGAUGAUACUGACCAGAACCACCACCAGCGUCGGGGAGAAGAGAUGCUUGCCGAAGUUCAAGCUAGCGCUGGUGCAGGUGGAGGAGUUGACGAUUUCGACGAGCUUGGCAGCGACUAUGUGGAAGAGGAGAUUGGGCAGAUCACCCGCUCAUCGCUCGAAGAAGACGCACGCAAGCUCAGCAUGCCAGACGCAACCCCAUCUGAGCUCUUUUGGGCGCGGCAGCAGGGGUGGAAGGAGUCCGCUAGGGUCGGGGUUGCUAUUAUCCAGGCGGGCGCCCAGAAGGAGACCAAGGAGCCCAAGGAAACCAAGAAGAGUCAAUAG